UGCCCUGUGGUGGAGGGAGACGUGUGUGGCUGCCAGGAUGUCUGCAUCUGACUCUGAGACCCGCCCUGGACUUUGUGGCAGCCCCUUCCCUCCGAGAGCUGCGGUCUUCUGAGCUGUCACCUAGUCUGGAGACACGCAGCCCCGCCGUCCUCCCUGAGGGCCACUGCGGCCAGGAGCCUGGCCCCUUCCCGCCCGGGCUGCCGGCUGCUCUGGGGAAGGCCGAGCGCUGGGGGCAUGGCUGUCUGACGGGGCACACGCCUGCCGUGAUGCCCGAGGCACUGCCCGUCCAGAACCUAACUCCUGUGCUCCAGCCUCGCCCGCGCCGGCAGGAGAUGCAUGCACGUCAUAAGAGGAUGACGUGGACCUGGAAGCGCUGGUAAGCGACAUGAGUACGUCCCUGGAGAGCCUAUACGCAGCUUGUAGCAUGCAGUCGGAGACAGCGCCCCUGCGCCAGAAUGGCCAGCACACCCGUGACCAGCCGCCGCCGCCCUCGGGGGCCAGGCCUGCCCCGCCGCAGGCGUCGCCACAGCAGAAGGUGCAGCGUUCCCAGCCAGUGCACAUCCUGGCCGCCAGACGCCUGCAGGAGGAAGACCAGCAGUUCAGAACCUCGUCCCUGCCGGCCAUCCCCAACCCUUUCCCGGAGCUGUGCAAUGCAGAGAGCCCUCCAGCAGUCGCCUCCGGCUCCCUGCCUCCGGUCCAGGUCACGGCAAAGCAGGAUGUGAGAGUCUUCGGUGAGGAUGGGACGUGCAAAGUGGUGGAGAUCCCCGUGGACAUGACCUCCAGGGACCUGUGCCAGCUGCUGGUGCACAGGAGCCACUGCGUGGACGACAAUAGCUGGGCCCUGGUGGAGCACCACCUGCACCUGGGGCUAGAGAGGUGCCUGGAAGACCAUGAGCUGGUGGUGCAGGUGCAGACCACCAUGGCCAGCGAGAGCAAGUUCCUGUUCAGGAAGAAUUAUGGGAAAUAUGAGUUCUUCAAAAACCCCACCAAUUUCUUCCCAGAACAGAUGGUCACCUGGUGCCAGCAGUCCAAUGGUGGACAGACCCAGCUCCUGCAGAAUUUCCUCAACACCAGCAGCUGCCCGGAGAUCCAGGGGUUCCUGCACGUGAAGGAGAUGGGCAGGAAGUCCUGGAAGAAGCUGUACCUGUGUUUGCGGCGCUCUGGCCUCUACUGCUCCACCAAGGGGUCCUCCAAGGAGCCCAGGCACCUGCAGCUGCUGGCCGACCUGGAGGAAUGCAGCGUCUUCUCCCUGAUCGCAGGCCGGAAGCAGUACAGUGCCCCCACGGACUUCGGCUUCUGCAUUAAGCCAAACAAAGUCCUGCAUGAGCCGAAAGAGCUGCGGCUGCUGUGUGCGGAGGAUGAGCAGAGCCGCACCUGCUGGAUGACUGCCUUCCGGCUGCUCAAGUACGGGAUGCUCCUCUACCAGAGCUACCGAGUCCCCCAGCAGAGGAAGGCCUCGCUGUCCCCCUUCUCCACGCCUGUGCGCAGCGUCUCCGAAAACUCUCUCGUGGCCAUGGAUUUCUCUGGGCAAACGGGAAGAGUGAUCGACAACCCGGCCGAAGCCCAGAGCGCAGCCCUGGAGGAGGGGCACGCCUGGAGGGUGAGGUCACGCGGGGUGGGUGCCGCUGCUGCGCUCCUGGACGGUGACUGUAAGCGAAGCACCCGGAUGAAUGCUCUGGGUAGCCAGAGCCCCCUUCAUCCUUCCAACCUCAGUGCAGUGAUCCACCGCACCCAGCACUGGUUCCACGGCAGGAUCACCCGGGAGGAGUCCCAUCGGAUCAUCAAGCAGCAGGGGCUGGUGGACGGGCUUUUCCUGCUCCGUGACAGCCAGAGCAACCCGAAGGCGUUUGUCCUUACCUUGUGCCACCACCAGAAGAUCAAAAACUUCCAAAUCUUGCCUUGCGAGGACGACGGGCAGGUGUUCUUCAGCCUGGACGACGGGAACACCAAGUUCUCCGACCUGAUCCAGCUGGUCGACUUCUACCAGCUCAACAAGGGCGUGCUGCCCUGCAAGCUGAAGCACCACUGUGUGCGCGUGGCCCUGUAAUUCCGAGGCCGUCGCCACAGCGCCCACAUGGGCGGCCCAGGAGCGGGCGGGAGAUCUGUGCAUGGUUGAGAAUACACUUGGAUUCUGUUCUGUGGGGGGCGCCACUGUUCCCUGCGGUGCGGCCACCACGGUUGAUUGGUUUCUUGGCUUUAUGGCAUUGUGUAGCCGCGGCUCUCGCGGCCAUAUCGGGGCAUGACAAAGUGAGUGCACAUUCGGAGGCAGCCCGGGACGCCUGUCCGGGCUGGGCUCCGUGUGCCUCGCACAGAAGUGAUUGGAAGUGAACUCUUGCCCUGGAAUAACCUUGACAUUAAAACUGAGAUGUUUACUUGUUUUGUAUGGAUCACUCUUUGCACUCCUCUGUCCUCCACGCCCUACUCUGCCUUCUGGGCAGGGGCGUGGCUUUGCAGUGCAUACAGUGGGCAGGCGGUGUCUAGCAGGCAGACGUCUAGCAGGCAGACGUCUAGUGGGCAGGCGGCAGACAACGAGUGCGGCCCCCAGAGGUGGCCUGAGGUGCCCCACCUUCUUCCCAUCACCAUGGGCGGAUUCAGCUUCCAAAUACGCAACACCUGCGCCCUGCUCAGACACUCGCAGUGUGUCUUCACGGAGAAGGUGUCGCCCCUGGUCGGCCGGCCUCGAGCCCAUUCUGUGGACCAGCCAGGAAGCCACAGCCUCGGUCACCUCUCCAGAAACGGUGUCCACGCCACGUGUUUGGGGUGUCACGUCUUCCACAGUUCAGAAGCCUUGACUCCCUUGGACACUCGCUGUCCCUCACCCGGCAGGGUGGAGUGGCCGCACCGCUGGCUGGAGACAGGCAGCCUUCCUGAGACACGCAUGGUGACCUCGUCCAUCAGCCACCUCCCCGCCCGCCCGCCUGCCCAGGGUGCUUGCAGCCUGCUCUAGGAUGACCGCUGCCUGACCCCUACAGCCUGACUCCUACAGCGACAUGAGUCCCGUCGUGCCUGCUCUCCAUCAGGGGUUCAAGGCUCUAAUGAGAAAAUGCCGCCUGCUUGGUGUCCUGCAGGAGCCACUGGUUUCCAUGGCGGUGAAGAUGGAAACAUUGAAAGGGAGCCCGAACUUUCAAUCGAGGUCUGGGUGUGAUGACCCUGUCCCGCUGACGCCCCGAGGCCAGCGUGGGAGGCGGCAGGAGGCUCCCCUGCCGGCUCUAACCUCGUGGGCCGUGGGUCCGGAGGGAUCUGUCAGCAGGGUGCGCUUCCCGCUGGGGAGCCCGCCCACACGGGCCCUCUUGCUGGGGUUGCGCCCCCAGGCCUGUGAGCGGCCGCGCCUUCGCUUCUGGUCCCUGACGAGCACACAGACUGCUGUGGCAAAAAGUGAUUUUCUUGUCCAAAGCGAUCGUCCCGGCACCCGGUGCCGCCUGGCGCACCCCUCUACUUGUGCCACCACAGGCCUGCGCCCGCCCACCUGCCGCAGGGCUCCCCAGAGACUCAACUCAGACCCGACGGGCCACGGGGACCACCCCCGAGUCAGGCCCCGGUUGGGACCAGCCCCUGUAUUUACUCUAUGGGCUGCGUCCUGGUCAUUUUCCACUGACUGCUCAGUGUAUUGAUGGAGCAGCCUCAGUAAAACGUGUGUAGCCGAUGCUCAGUUAUGUACUCUUCCCUUGAACCCAGUUCCCCUUUCAAGCCAUUGACCGUUAGGCGAGUCUCAAGUCACCCUCCCUGACGGCGAGCUGCCCCGAAUUCAUGGAAGGGAUUGACCCUUCGUGACACACAUUCGUGUCCCCACCAGUGGCAUGUAAAGACCCCACCACCACCACCAAGAGAGGCCUGCGCCCUGCUCUGUUUGCACAGGCCGCCCCACUGGUGAGAGGAGCCCUCACGCCUUGCCCAGUAGACACCUAGCAUUGGCCGUGUUUCUCGUUUAUAAACACGCAUUUUAUUAAAGGACAGCAAGGCCUGUCUCCAUUGCAUAUGUAGCUAGUGUGACCUGGCCUCUUGUGCCAGGUCCCAAGAAUUGCGGCCGCAGUGAAUUGUUGGGGCCAGGGAGGGCUGCCCGGCAACAGCUGGUCCCCAGAGGAGGCAGGCGCCCACCCGCCAGCCAGGGCUGAGGGACGUGCGACUUUUAUUUUUGUUUUUAAAUGACAUGAAUGUAAACGGGACAGCUCAGGGUCGUUUUGGAGCCUGUUGACUUUUUAUCUCCACCCGUGACUCUGUCUGAACGACAACUCCGUGUAGCUGCAGCCUGGACUAAGUCAAGAAGGCAAAUGCCGGUUCCCCGGGCGAGCUGUGUUCCUGAGGGUCGGACUUCCAGGAUGCUUUUCUGUUUGCUACACCUCGAAGAAAUAUGUGCCUCAGUCUAGAAGUUUUGUCUGCUUGCUUCUGCACACCCGUCAGCUGGGCCGAUUGGCUCACCUUUUGGGGGCGGGACUUGUUCCCGGUAGAGUGUGGUGUCACCUGGAGUGCAGUGGCCCGCCGAGUGGCCAAUGUGUACGAGUUUGUGGGGAGUGCAGAAAUUGUUCACUUAAAAGACAAAACUUUAUUCCAUGUGCUUUGCUCUUCUUUGUACAUAGCUCCUUGGCUCAUGAACCUAAUCGUGAACUUUCAGGUAUUUUUGUACCAAUAAGGGACUGAUAAUCUGUUUCUUGUAAUUUGAAAUAAACAUUAAUACAGUGUUCUUCAUUUUC